ACUCAUUCUUCGCAACUUCUCUCGUGCUUGUCUCUUUCUGAUAUUUCACCUUACUUUCUAUUCCAAGUUGGAAAUUCCAACGCUCACUUCCAUAACCCAUCCACCUCUACGCCGGAGCAGUGCCUUAUAUUUCAGCUUCCAUUUCAAAAAGGUCAAGAAGUAUUUAUUACUUUGAUCCAUAUUUCACGGUUGUAAAGUGCUGAAUUACUGAGAUAUACUCCAACUCACAGUUGACCUGGUUUAAAGAAUUAUUAAGUUUGACUUUGAUUUGCGUAUUCGUUGGUAAAUUUGAUUCAUCGAUCAAUUGGAGCACUGGAGUUACUCUCAUGACUUGUUGCUCUCAUCUUUUCAGAAAAAUUAAGUCUUCCUCAGCCACAGGAUUUGCUGGAACAGAUAUAGAUGUUUCAGAACUUCACAAUGUCAAAAUUUACACUUACAAGGAACUGCGAAUCGCCACUACAGGGUUUAGCCUUGCAAACAAGAUAGGGCAGGGAGGUUUUGGAUCUGUCUAUAAGGGAAAGUUGAGAGAUGGUUGUUUGGUAGCUAUAAAGGUUUUAUCAGCUGAAUCAAAACAAGGAGUCCAUGAGUUUUUGACAGAAAUCAAGGUGAUUUCUAGUAUAGAACAUGAAAAUUUAGUGAAGUUGUAUGGAUGCUGUGUGGAAGACAAUCAUAGGAUUUUGGUAUAUGGCUAUCUUGAGAACAACAGCCUAGCACAAACACUUCUUGGUCACAGUAACAUCAAAUUCAGUUGGGAUGUAAGGCGCAACAUUUGCGUAGGUGUUGCUAGAGGGCUUGCAUUCCUUCAUGGAGAGGUUCGGCCACAUAUCAUUCAUAGAGAUAUUAAAGCCAGCAAUGUGUUGCUUGACACAGAUCUCCGACCCAAAAUUUCUGAUUUUGGCCUUGCAAAGCUCAUUUCUCCAAACUUGACCCAUAUUAGUACAAGGGUUGCUGGAACUGCUGGUUAUGUGGCACCUGAGUAUGCAAUACGAAAUCAAGUGACAAGAAAAUCGGACAUCUAUAGUUUUGGAGUGUUACUGUUAGAAAUUGUUAGUGGGAGGCCCAACACAAACAGACGUUUACCUGUAAAAGAACAAUAUCUUCUUACAAGGGCAUGGGAUUUGUAUGAGAAAGGGGAGCUUAAAACUUUGGUUGAUUCUUUUCUUGAGGAGGACUUCAGUGUUGAGGAGGCACUCAAAUUUUGCAAGAUUGGUCUUCUUUGCACACAGGAUUCUCCUCAGCUCCGGCCUUCUAUGUCCACUGUGCUUAAAAUGCUUAUGGGUGAAAAAGAUGUGAAUGAGGAUAAUAUAAUAAAACCAGGCAUAAUAUUUGAAUUUGUAGAUGCCAUUGACCAAGAGGAUAAAAAAUGCAAAGCUGAAGUGAAAAGUACAUCUACUUCUUUGUUGGCUAGUUCAGGAAAGCAAGAUGAUUCAUCUUCAUCAGAAACUGUUACCUCUUUUGCUACCAUGUCUUUCACUGCUAUUUGUGAUCGAACCAAUUAAUUAAUAUUUGAGUGUUACUAGGUAAACCUGUGUUUUCUUUCUUGUAAUUACGAUUAGAAUUUUGUAUCAUAUAAUAUAUAAACCUCUGGUCACUAUUAUAUGCAACAAAUUUUUUUUUU